GGAGCUCUUUCCGGGCAAAGAAUGUUCCAAUCAUUUUCCGGGCCCAGCCGGGCGGUGGUGACGUUCGCCCUGUACCGGUCCGCUGCGAAGGGGAAGGGUCUGAGGCUGCCGGGACACCUUCCGGAGAAACGGCUCUUCGAGGUUGAAGCCCUCGAGCACAACACGCUGCAGCAGGUCAUGGGUGGGUGGAUGAUCAAGGGGUCGAUAAACCUCAUGACCAAUGAAUGGGACGAACGCAAGCACGCACAACGAAUCGACCCUUGUUUUGUUUUGCGGUCAACAUUGGAAGCGACGAAAAACAUCUCGAUUCCGCGCGGGAAGCACCUUUGCAGGCACGAGUCGAAACAACACACGCUCGUUUCGUAG